CGACGCCUUCCGGGUCCCGCGAGGCUCGGCCCUCUGCAGCGCGCGCGCUCUGAAAUGAGGCCGGGAUGUUUGUCGGCGCGCGAAAGGCAGCAGCAGGAAGCGAGACACGCAGGGAGAGUGAUCGAGCUCCGCUUUUCGAACCACCUGGACCCGAUUACCCGCAAUCCAUCAACAUCCACAGCAAAAUGGCCGAUACGAAGGACACACAAGAUGAGCAUGACACCUCUACAGAUAAUGUUGACGAGACCAACCACGACCCCCACUUUGAGCCCAUUGUAUCCCUUCCUGAGCAGGAUGUUAAAACAUUAGAGGAGGAUGAAGAGGAGCUUUUCAAAAUGCGGGCAAAGCUUUACCGCUUUGCAUCAGAGAACGAUCCCCCCGAGUGGAAGGAACGAGGCACAGGGGAUGUUAAGCUGCUACGACACAAGGAGAAGGGCUCCAUCCGCCUACUCAUGAGGAGGGAUCGAACCUUGAAGAUCUGUGCCAACCACCACAUUGUUCCUUUGAUGGAGCUGAAGCCAAAUGCAGGCAGUGACAGAGCCUGGGUGUGGAACACACAUGCUGACUUUGCUGAUGAGGAAGCCAAACCAGAGCUCUUGGCGAUCCGUUUUCUUAAUGCUGAGAAUGCACAGAAAUUUAAAGCAAAGUUUGAUGAAUGCAGAGAAGAGGUCCGGAAAUCUCUAGAGAAUUCAGGCAAAAUCUGCACUGCAAACAAAGUGGCAGAAAAGCUGGAGGGCCUUUCUGUGAAAGAUGAGACCAAGCCAUCAGAGGAGCAGGUGUGUGAGAAAAAGAAGACUGAGAAUGCUGAGGAGAAGAAAUAAAAGCAGGAGAUGGGAUUUCCUCUGGUCUGCAACUUGUCAUUUUUUUUUUCCUUUUUCUACAGUGGACUUAAAAUAAACUGAAUCUGGACACUUGCAUUUUGUUUAAGUUUUUGGAGGUUUUGCCACCAGAGAUCAAGAUCUUGGCAACACUUAAGUAUCCAUUCCACAGUAAUGAAUUGUGCUUUUUUUUUUGCCCUUUUCUAUAGUGAAAGCAAGUUGUGUUCUAAUCACCUGUUACUCAGAAUGUCUGACAUUGUACUGUGAAAUAAGGGUUGAUACUAAUGAUCCCCACAUUGGGUAACAUGAGUUGAUUUUUCUUGAACAAGUAAAGAAAAAUGAAGCAAGCUGAUUUUUCCUAGUUACCCCUUCCUAAUUUGACAGGUGACACUUUCAGAGGUGUUGUACUGUACUUUUGAAAUGAAGUUUUCCUCUGGUGUUAGUUAGCCAGUUUGAAAGUUGAUUUGCUCAGCAGUUUUGGAGUAAAGCUUCAGAGAAGCUGAAAGUAAAAUUAUGGCUACGUGUGGGUACUUCAGAAUGAUUUUUUUUUUGACUUACCAUCUAAGCAAAAAAAAAAAAAAAAAAAGACGGUUGAUAUUAGACAUCAGUGCAUGCUAGACAUUGACUUGUUUAAAUCAGUUUUUGUAUUGUAAAAUCCUAGCAUUAAGAAAAGUUAGGAGGGAACAGCUCAGAAAAAUUGCAUUCUGCACUGGAGUGUAAACAGUUUCUGCAGUACUUACUGCAAUAUUUGCUCGUAAAAGGAAUAUUCCCACAUUACAGGAAAAAAAAAAAAAAAAAAAAAAAAAACUUAAUGACUAGUAUAUUUUAGGCCAUUGCACAAAGGGGAAAAGGCAAGUUUGAGCUCUGAACGUGCAGUUGAUUGUUCACUUACAAUGGCUGCAGCAGCAUGAGUGUAGUGCUAGUAAAGGGCACCGUUUAAAACCAGCAUUGAUUUAACUACCCAAUUCCGAGUACCGCUACUGUGCCGCACGACUAGUACAUUUCUAAUGGAGCCAAGAUGCAGAUCACAUGGCUAAAUCAGCAGUAAACACUGCUUAACACUUGAGCGUUUCCCUAUGUAGCUAGCACUUUGUCAACAUGACCUGUCCAGGCUGAUCUCGGUUUUUACAGUGGUAAGAUGUUACACUUCAUGUAAGGAGCGUGUCAAGAGAUCUGAUUAAAGGAUGAUGCUCUAA